ACUGCGAGGUAAUCUGGUGAGUAUGAGGACCACUAUAGCCUAUAGGGAUAAAUUCAAAGUGGUCAUGGAAUACUUUGUCCGGCCUAAGCUUAGAUAGGCGAUUUCUCCACCAUCGGUUACCUUUGCAAAGAAAUGAUGAAGGCAUGGCAUUUCCUCAAGCAUCUGAACUGCACACCCGCCGCCGCCUCCCUCUCUCUUCACCUCCUACGCUCAUCCUCUUUUUCUCUCAAUCGUUACUUUCCAUCGCAUUGCUUUCUCUCUGUCCACACCACCGCUAGUGACCACUGGCCAGCACGUGGCCAAGUGACAAACGGACAUGCAAAAUUUUCCACAGCUUCUUCUUCUCUGGCAGUUCAUUCAAUGGCUUCACCUGUUCCUGUACCUGCAAAUUAUGUUUCAGUUCUAGUUCGAUGUCAUAAGGAUAAUUCAGAUAUGCUUGCAGAAGCUAUUUUAAGCUUUGGUGCAAGUUCUGUUACUAUGAAUGAAGAUGAUGUCUGUCCAGAUACUGAUGAGGUUUGUGUUAGUUCCAUUUUUCUUGAAGGUGAGGAUAUAAAUAUGAGCAUUUCACAUGCUGCUGAUUCUAUUGGUUUGAAAGAGAUACCAAGAUAUGAAGUUAAAAUUAUUGAGGAGGAUGACUGGAUGAAAGGAGCUCAGGAAUCAUUUCAUCCAGUUGAAGUUACUGAAGGCCUUUGGGUGGUGCCCAAGUGGAUUACUCCACCUGAUAUUCAAGCAAUGAAUAUAAUUCUUAAUCCUGGACUAGCCUUUGGAACUGGAGACCAUCCGACUACCAAAUUAUGUCUAUUACUCCUACAUGGCCGUAUAAAAGGAGGAGAAUACAUCUUGGACUAUGGCACUGGCACUGGAAUUCUAGCAAUUGCAGCUCUAAAGUUUGGUGCUGCCUUUGCCGUUGGAGUCGAUAUAGAUUCACAAGCAAUUGCAUCAGCAUCUGAAAAUGCUACUCUGAAUAACAUUGGACCAGACAAGCUGCAACUGCAGUUGAUUGCAAGCCAAACUUCUUCAUCCUGCAGGGAUGACUGGCCAUCUAGAGUUGUCGAGGGAGAAAAUGCUUUCGAGAUAGACAGAGUCACUCACAAGGAUAAAUAUGAUGUGGUCAUCGCAAACAUACUUUUAAAUCCUCUGUUAAAUCUUGCUGAUCAAAUUAUCUUUUCUGCAAAGCCUGGAGCAAUUAUUGGUCUCUCUGGAAUCUUAAGUGAACAGGUCCAGAACAUAUUACAAAAAUAUUCACUAUUCUUAGAAGACAUAGAAGUGUCGAAAAUGGAUGACUGGGCCUGUGUGAGUGGCAGAAAAAGAAAGAAUAUAGAUAUCUGCUGAUCGUUGCUGUAGAUGCUUUGUUUGGAGGUUUAACUUUUCUCAUCCAAUCAUUUUUUGCCGUUUUAAUGCCACCCAGAAUGUUUUACAAGAAGCAGCUUUGAACCUGCCACUGCUAGCUGCUAUUGACAUUCUCUUUUAAAUUAUCAAUGCUGCUAUGUGUUUGGCUGUAAAUGUUUAUUUGGGAAGCAGAAAUUAGAAUCAGAAGGUGUAGCUAGGCAGAAUCGCUGCCUUGAUUUUUAGGUCUUACAAAAAAACUGCAUGUGUCCUUUUGAACUUAUAUUUCUAAAUUUGAGAGAAAUGUACAUUGUCCCAAACAUUUAGAUCCAGCUACAAAUGGCCUUAA